CUAUUGGUCAUUAUGUGACGAGCAUUUUGAUUGGUGCUCCGUCGACACGUGCGUUUUACAAGCAAAGCGUCUUUUAUCGGUCUGAAAGGUUUUCUGUGAUAUAUCUCGUGGUUGGCGCUGCUUUUGGACAAUUUUAGCAAUGACAGGAAAGCGAAAGCUAUUCGUUGGUGGUUUACCUGGAGAAACAGACGAUAAAGCUUUAGGCGACGGUUUUUCUAACUGGGAAAUCGAAGAUGUGAUCGUGGUUUAUGACAGAGAGACGCGCAGAAGCCGUAACUUUGGCUACGUGACGUUCAGAGAUGAACAAGAUGCAGCAGAUGCCAUGAAGCAGAUGGGCGGUGAAUCGGGGAAAGGAAAAGAAAUAUUUGGACGGGCAUUGAACAUUGAGUAUGCCCAAGAAAAAGAGUCAUCAGCCCCUAGACGUGGAGGUUAUGGAGGGGGGCCUCCCCGUGGUCCACCCAGAGGUCACCCAAUGCGUGGUAGAGGCGCACCCUAUGGGCGUGGGGGCCCACCAUCCAGAGGACCUCCAAGAGGCCCACCACUACCUGGUCCUCCAAGAAGAGGUCCGCCUCCAGAUAGAGAUUCAGGCUAUGGUGGCUAUGGGGAUAGGUACGACAGACCUCCUCCUGAUAGAAGACCUCCUCCUCCAGACCGUAGUGGAUACCCUCCGCCAAGAGACUAUGACCGUGGAUAUGCUGACCGUCCACGGGAGAGACCACCACCUCCUAGCUACUCCAGUGAGAGAGUUGGCUAUGGUGAUAAGUAUCCUCCUCCAGAACGGAGCUACUCUGGUGGAGAGCGUGGGUAUGGCCCACCUCCUGCCCGCAGCGCAGACCGUGGCUAUGGGCCCCUGCCCGACAGGAGUGGUGACCGGUACAGUGCAGACCGAGGGUAUGGUGCUGAUAGGGGUUAUGGCAGCAGUGAUAGGUAUGGUGGAAGCAGUGAGAGGUACCUUCCUCCAGAGCGCAGCUACUCUGGCGGUGACCGUGGCUAUGACAGAGGCAGUUAUGGUGGAGCCGAGAGAGACUACUCGUCUGACAGAGGAUAUAGCAGUGCACCUUAUGAGCGGUCCAGUUAUGGCCCGCCACCACAGAGAAGUCCUGCAGCAGCCAGCUACUCAUCUGGAGGACGCACAUGGUGAGAUCCGAAUGCCGAUCCGAGUUGCCGACCAGACCGAUGCGUCGUUCUUUCAUAGCUUAGUUUGCUGUCAAGUGUGCCAAAUCGAUACAGCGAUUGAUGAAUGCGAUCUGGAAGCUGAGUACUGUCGAAAGUUCCUGUCAAAAGCCGCUCCAAUUUGCGCAACUCUCGGACGCGAAAGAAAAAAAAAACAGAAACCUGCACUAAAAUGUCAUGAGACUGUAUACUGUUGAGAUAAUUUUUAAGUACAUUUCACCUCGAAUAUUUUUCCAUUCGUUUCGUAACUUGUACAUUUCGUUUUUUUAACUUCACUGACCGUGGUCGAUAGUUUUUAACUUAGAUUAGAAUAGACGCGUUCUUGUUUAGCAUUAUGUAACAAAAAGCCUCCAAAGUUCAUAACCGUUUUCGUGAAUAAAGUAUUUAACCGUA